AUGUCUGGAAUAGAGAACAGAUCAAUAUCUUCUAGUGAGCUCGCUUACAUACUCUCCCGUCCACCAACCCGUGUUCAGGUGGGAUUUUGUAGCAAGUUAAUGAGAGUUAUCGACUGUCACGGAUACAAUGGCAAGCGCUGCUUGACUGAGGAAUAUGAGGAGGAUGACGAUGAUGGUGAUGAUGAUGAUGAUGACAACGACGAUCAUGAUGAUGAUGACGAUGAUGAUGGUGUUGAUGAUAAUGAUGACGAUGAUGAUGAUGAUAAUGAUGAUGAUGAUGCAGUCACUCAGCGCGGCGGGUGCCCGAAGCCUCUUGGAUGUGAAAAUAAAGGUGUAGAAAGCAUGCGGUGCUGGUGUAGUGGUAACACGCUCUCCUCACAUUUUAAAUAUUCGAAGUUGAAACUUUUACACGAUCAGGAAUAUGUACUGCUGAUUAGCUCUAAUAAGACUGAAAUUCGGGUACCAUUCUCGUUAUCUUGUGGGUGGAUUCUGCAGAACCGUAGCGCCGGGCAAGACAAGGACUGUUCAAACGAGACGUACCGUACUAUGACAAUCAAGAAUGUUAUGGAUACCGAUACCGGCAUCAAACGGGAUAAUCGAAUCGAGCGUUUCUUCAUUCGAUAUUUGGAACAAAAACUCCCUGGUGAUUUGAAUUUCUUCAGAGGCCUUGACACUUCCACAUCCGUGUUAACGGUAGCCCUUUGGUUAGACUGUGCCCCGGGCACCGGAGAUGGACUGUUGGAGUCUUCCUCAAAAGAAUGGGUCCAGAUGGGAUCAUUGGUAUGGAAACGACAUGUCAGUCAAUUACGGCCGACUGAGUGCCAGAUCCUAAAGGCGGAAGAACAGUUAAUAGACCUCAAUAGACUGCUUGAAAACUUUGAUCUACCAAGACCAGUACCUAUAGCCACUGCCUCGGAUGUACCGCCCAAGACAGAUCCAUUGCUGCAACCGAGACGUCGUACCGGUCGUGCUAGAAAACUGGUGAAACCUUUACAACUUGAUACGCGUCGACAAUCUUAA